AUGAAUAAUGAAAAAGAUGAUAACGCUUCAAAAGUUGACAUAACAAACUCAAAGCAUAAGUCGAAAUCUCCAAGUCCUCCAACUGUUACCGUAACGUCUGAAGAUGAUACUUCUAAUAGUGUUUUACAGAAUAUCCCUUCUCCUACUUUAAAUUCUACUGCGACUUCAAAUGAAUCGUCUUCUAAAAAACAUAGACCUUCUUCUUUAAACUUAAAGGUCACUGAUAAAUCAAAUUCAGACGUUGCAUUAAGAAUUGUUAGCCCAGGUCUACCCCAAUUAAAUGAAGAAAUGAAAACAACCGUUAAAAUCUCCCAAAAAAUUGAACAACAACAAAAAAAUUUGAUUGCUGCAAGACAUUUAAAUUCUGCAAACUCUUCUUCUGAAAAAGAAUUGGUUCAUGAAGAAAAUAAUAACGAUGUUGAUCUUUCAGAACCCCAAGUUUCAACUUCAAAUAAUAAUGAAGACUUUGAUCGCUUAAGUACUCCUAGUUCUGCUAAAAGAUUGAAAAGAAAUAAUAUCCCUACUCCUUUAAACAUACCCAAUAAAAGUUCAGUUAGACCUUCAAUCCAAUCUGCUCCAAUAAGGCCACAACAACAACCCCAACAACAUAUGAAACGGUCGUAUAAACAAGUGGCUUAUGCAUAUCAACCUCAACCUUCUCCAUCUUUUGCUCAACCAAUGGUAUCUUCUUAUGGCCAAUACUAUCAAAUUCCUCAACAUCAAUAUUUAAAUCCUUCGAUGCAAGUUCCACAGUAUUCUUAUCAAAAUCAUCCUUACAAAAGAAUCCGAAUGUACGCCCCUCCUUAUACUUCUAGUCAGCAGUCAUUUCCUCGCCCAGUUUCUCGUGGCGCAUAUCCUUCUCAAUACCAAAGCCCAUCAAAUAUACCAUCAUCGCCAAAUCAGUCUUCUGUUACUGACGUGUAUAAUGGUGAUUAUACAAAAGCUGCUCCACUUAAUUCACAACCAUUAUCAGCACAACGUGAUUUUUUUGAAAAUGGUCCAAGCUCCAGACUGGCUCUGGCUAAACAUUCGAAGAGAAAUAUUCAUGAUGAUGAUCGUUUACCGGUUUCCGAAGAAGAAGUAAGAGAAAUGCAAGAAAAGUAUAAUAGUAUGGUGAAUAAUAAUAAUGACGAUGAUUCCAAAAAUAGAGACUCUCGUGGUCUGAGCCUAGUAGAUGGUGAUGAUAUAUUUGGUUCGAUUAAUUUAAUGAAUGAAAGUGUUUUCAAUUUCAGAAUCUUCAAUUCAAAAUCAUCUACUUCGGAGAACACUCACAAUAACUCUGCAGCACAAAAGAAAGGCGACAACCGUCUUUCCAAAGAAAAGGAAAAAUUCUUGAAAAUUUGUGAAACUAGUUGGGAUGAAUUUGUUAGUAACAAAAUAUGA